AAAAGUAGAGAAGGAAGGAAAUUAUUAAAAAAAAAAAGGAAAAUGGCAGGGACAGAAGACCAGAGUAUUAGUAUUAGAAUACAAAAGAAUGGAAUUGGGCGGUUCUACCUUCGAUCUUCCCGAGGAGGUAUUGCAAGUGUUACCGUCCGAUCCAUUUGAACAGCUUGAUGUGGCCCGCAAAAUCACUUCCAUCGCUUUAUCGACACGUGUCUCCUCCCUCGAAUCCGAGAUCUCCGCUCAACGUGCUCAACUCGCCGAGAAAGAUGACCUCAUCGUCGACCUCCAAUCCCGGAUUGAGUCCCUGGACGCCUCCCUUUCCGAUACCACUGAUAAACUUGCCCUGACUGCUCUCGAAAAGGAGAACUUGUUGAAAGAGAACGCUUCAAUAUCUAACACUGUAAAGAAGCUCCAAAGAGAUGUUUCCAAGUUGGAGGUGUUCAGGAAGACUCUCAUGCAAUCACUUCAAGAGGAUGAACAAAAUUCUUCAGGAGCUCUGCAUAUCAUUGCCAAGCCAACGCCAAGUGAAGAUGAUGUCACCUUGCCACCUUUAAGAUCAUCUUCUAUGCAUAGCCAUUUCUCAGAUGUGGGAAACUCAUUUGCAGAGGAUCGUGAAACAGAUGUGGCGAGACCUGGCAUAUCACACGGUAUUCUCCUAGCAUCUCAAACAAGCACUCCCCAACUUACUCCUCCAGGUUCCCCUCCUAGUUUUUCAGCUUCAGUGUCUCCAACAAGAACUUCUAAUCCAGUGUCCCCAAGACGACAUGCAAUGUCAUUUUCUAGUUCUACCUCAAGGGCCAUGCCUGAUGAUAAUUCUUUGAUAUUUUCUUCUCUGCCAUCAGGCCAACACAGGUCAAUAACAAGCUCUGACACGGGUUCACUUACAGGGCAAACCCGUGUGGAUGGGAAAGAAUUCUUCCGCCAAGUCAGGAGCCGUUUGUCUUAUGAGCAGUUUGGUGCCUUUCUGGCAAAUGUUAAGGAAUUGAAUUCCCACAAGCAAACUAAAGAAGAGACUCUGAGGAAAGCUGAUGAAAUUUUUGGCCCAGAUAACAAGGACCUUUAUGUAAUAUUUGAAGGAUUUAUCACUCGCAAAUAAUGUUCACCGAAGCUGCUUAUGUGGUACUGCAUCAAAUGUUUGUGCGCAUUGGUUACACUUUGUAGUCCUUUUUUUCCCGGUUGUAUAUUUUUUUCAAUUGUAAUUACACUUCUCCAUGGCAUACUGUCAAUUGCACUUUCAUUAUUUGCUAACAUUUAACAAUGGUCAUUGAGAGAAA